GCAGAUUCAAGAAAUGAGAUACGACGAGGAGGUGGAACGAACGGUUUCUGAAAACGGACAGAAAUUUCAAGGAAAAGGAUUGCUAUCAGGACCAAGCCGCGGCGUGAUGUUGCUGCCUCGUUGAACGUUCAUCGCUCUACCGACAUAAUAACACAAAGUAAAAAUGUUACCCGCGAGCUCGAGCAAAAAAAAAUUGUGCAUCUGCAAGCUGAAAUCUCAAAUUGUUGUCGUUGCCAAAUAAGUCGUGCACAACGGCGAUCCUGUGUUCCCGGAAUAUGGCUUCGUCCACGAAGAGGUCAUGGAAACUCCAGGAUUUUGUUGCCCAUACGACCAAUGUCAAUUGCCUGGCAUUAGGUCACAAGUCUGGACGUGUUUUGGUCACUGGUGGCGACGACAAAAAAGUGAAUCUAUGGGCAGUCGGGAAGCAGAAUUGUAUCAUGAGCCUGAGUGGUCAUACUACGCCAAUAGAAUGUGUAAAAUUUGGACAAACAGAGGAUUUAGUAUGUGCUGGCUCACAGACAGGGGCAUUGAAGAUUUGGGACUUGGAACAUGCCAAAUUGGCUCGCACAUUAACAGGACACAAAGCAGGCAUACGUUGCAUGGAUUUUCAUCCUUAUGGGGAGCUAUUAGCAUCUGGUAGCUUAGACACUGCAAUCAAACUGUGGGAUAUCAGGAGGAAAGGUUGUAUCUUCACUUACAAAGGGCACAAUAGGAUGGUGAAUAGUUUAAAAUUUAGUCCUGAUGGUCAAUGGAUUGCCAGCGCGGGAGAAGAAGGAAUGGUCAAGUUAUGGGAUUUAAGAGCCGGUAGACAGCUUAGAGAAUUCUCCGAACAUAGAGGUCCAGCAACGACGGUAGAAUUUCAUCCCCAUGAAUUUUUACUUGCCAGCGGCAGUGCGGAUAGAACAGUUCACUUUUGGGACUUGGAAUCGUUUCAACUCGUGUCGUCUACGGAUCAGGCGCACUCGUCUGCAAUUCGGUGUCUCUAUUUUAGUCAAGGUGGAGAAUGUCUUUUUGCUGGCUGCCAUGAUGUGUUAAAAGUAUAUGGUUGGGAACCAGGUCGGACGUUAGAUACGGUACCAACUGGCUGGGUGAAGGUACAGGAUAUUGCCGUGGCUCAGAACCAGCUGAUUGGUGCAAGUUUUCAUACAGCCAAUGUUGUCCUAUAUGUGUGUGAUUUAAAGAAAAUCGCUCCAUUGGGAGGAGUGUCAACGUCUGGUUCUCCGUUCAAUCACGGGAAUUCGUUAAGAAAAAGUUUUUCUAGAGAAAGGCCACCCGAAUUGAAAAAGCAUACACUAGAUGUGCGGACUAUAGAAGAGGCAGAUAAGUCUGGAACUGACCCAGAAGAUGAAGCAACCUACGCAGAUAUACCUAAUGUCACCGAAUAUCACGACGUUUUCCAACCAAACAGGUCAUUGUCUCGCACUCCACCUCCAGACCCUGAGGCUUUCCAGGAGCCUCAAGACGUAGAUCCCACGCAACCGCAGAUAUUACAAACUCUUUCUACCUCAAUGUCAAAUCUAAGUACGGUGGGGCCAGAGGAAGUUCCACCUAUGUCAUUACCGUCGUCUCCGCCUCCACCCGCGCCGACGUUAUCAUUGACGAAACCAGUACCAGUGCGUGUUCAGCCAAUCAAGUCAUCGCCGCCCGUUCAGAGAAACACUGUCACAUCCACCAGCCAGACCAAACAACCUUCUACCAGCCUUCAAACAAACAAUGGCGUUACCAGAGUGUCGAAGAAUCUUGCAUCCGUACCACCCCUUAGACAGAGUAUUACCCCGCUUCCUGGGAAAAAGAUUAGUAUUACCAGCGACGUAGGAACGCUUCCACAACCCUUGGGUCCGCAAAGGUCGAAUUCCACGUUGACACCGCGUGUAGCACCAAUGGCUGCCGUUCUUCCAGUGAUGGACGAUGGAAAAUUAAAGAAUAGAGCACCCAGUCCGGAUUCUCCUAAGCAUUACCUAAAGAGGCAGAGUAGUUGUAGGGACGGAGAACAGGGUUACGAAAGCGAUUAUCCGGUACAAAUUAAUAGUAUAAGGCACAGCCCCUCCGAUCCUGCGUUAAAUAGGCCGAAUUCUGCGCAAUCUAGGUCGACCUCGCUGAAUAGGAACUUUGCUACCUCAACGUCGCUGUCCGCGCGCAACGCUUCCACUACCACCACGACGUUCGCAAUGAAGAAGUCGAACAAAGCUCAAGUGCCCCCGAAUCCUAAGGUAGAUGUUCGACCUCCUCAAUUGAGGCCGAGCGUCGAGAACACGGAGAAAGAGGAAUUCGUUCCUAUGAGCGCUGAUAAACCUUAUGGCUUGGAUUUCGAAACUUUUCUACCUAAUCAUUACGCAAGAUCGACCGCGUUUGGAUAUCCCCAAAUGGGAGUCCUCAACGAAAUGUCAGAGGCUGAAGUGCUUAAUAGCAUGAUGCGAGGUCACGAGUCGAUGAUGGCUGUACUUACGAAUCGCCAUCGUUCCUUGCAAAUUAUUUACUCUCUGUUGCACCAUAAGGAUCUUAAGUCUGCCGUGGAAUCCGCAGUGGCGAUGAACGACCUUUCUGUCGUUGUGGAUCUGUUGGGCAUAUUGACCUUAAAACCAACAAUGUGGAAUCUGGAUCUUUGUAACUCUCUACUUGGUCCAAUCGGAGAUCUCCUUCAAAGUAAAUACGAAAUGUACAUAACGGUGGCCGCCACGGCAUUGAGACUGAUACUAAGGAAUUUCGCAACGGUGAUAAAGUCGAACGUGGAAGCACCCCUUCACACGAUUGGGGUGGACGUGUCGCGAGAAGAACGAUACCACAAGUGCCUCUCCUGCUACGAGAAGCUUUCAGCGAUCAGAGGUAUCCUCCUGAAGAAGCAGUCGAUGCCAGGGAAACUAGGACCGUUGUUCCGCGAGUGUUCAGUGCUGGUGAGAAGCCUCGAGUGACCACGGCUGAGUCACCACGCGAGCUCCGCCGCCAGACUCGUCGUUACCUGACAAAGAAUUGGGAAAGACCAAGGGAGAAGUCGAUGGACGUCGGCCGCGCGGGAUUGCACGGAGAACAGCCGCGCGUUCGAGUUGCUGCGUACCGGGGAACGAUGGCUCAACAGGACGGCACGUCGAGAAUCGGUUCUUCCUUCUCCCCCCAGCUCUUUCCGGUUCCUCGUAUCCAGCCGUCGACGCACCUGGAGGGACGCCAACAGCGGGAAACGUUGAACGCAAGCGAUAAACGAGAAUGUGGACAUUACGAAACUGAACUAUUAUAGAUAAUGGAGAUGAAUCGUGAACUUUUUUUUUUUUUUGGACAAUGACAAGACUAAUCGCCCUUUACAAGGGCUAGCCCCGUUUUCAGGGAGAAUGGGACGCGGACCGUCACGUUGGAACGUCGUCGAUCGGGUCCUGUGCGACGGAAAUUUUAUAGACUUUUUUUUUUAUGGAGAGUAUCGCGAUAAGAAUUGUUGUAAAGUCUAACAGUGUAUAAUAUAUCGCGCUAUGUUAUAUACGAUAGGGUGAACCGCGUGACUUGUCCGUGUGUAUUAUUAUUGUUGCUAACGAAGCAGUUCGAAUUUACUUGUUUUGGAUCACAGGUGGUAGCUUUUUACUUAUCUCUACCUUGAACAACCUCGAGUACGUGAAUUUGUGUUGACGAAUACAAAUAUCACACUUAAGGUCGCUCAAAGGUUAUGGUAUCGUAGGUAAUUGAGUAAGGUCACUCAUAGGUAUAGUAUAAUAAAAACACUGUUAUCCCUUAGCAACAAAACUAACAAGGAUGGACAAGUUACGCGAUUCACUCUUGCACGUGCGAAGAGGCAUGUGUACAGGGUAUAAAAUAUAAACGGUCGCGUCUCUCAGAGGUGAAUCUAGACACCUGGAUCUGUGAAGUUUCGUUGAAGGAAACCUUCCGCAUAGUCAACUACGACUUUGAAAUUUACAGAAAGCACAUAUCGCAAAGAAAAUGCUUAAAUUUAGGUUUUUUCAAAGCAUAUAUUCACCAAGAUUCGGAUGUGGAUUCACCACUGAAAGUCCAGGUGAUUCAUUUCUUUUUGCACCCUGUACAAUGUUACAUUCGAGGUUAUUAGAGGACGAUGCAACGUCGUUUCGUUUGAUAGAGGUUCGACGAAAAUGUUCUCGUGUUCCGUGUUCCCAGAGAACGUUAUACCCGGUGUUUCGAAGGCCUUCUUGCCAGUCUCGGCUUAAUUCCUCGACGAGCACGCGAAUGUUACGUGCACGGGGAAACCCCGGAACGAUUAAACGCCGACAAGCGAGUUUAAUUAAGGUGUAGCUAGUAACACGUUUUUUAGGGUAACGAGGAGAGAUGACGAGAAUAACAAAUUGUAUUUUUGCAAGAGCCAUUUGCGUCCGUUCACUAAUAAAACAAAGAAAGGUACUCUGAUCGUAGGUAUGUGUUGAAACCCCCGAUACGUCUCACGAAUGAAAACUGAGAGAAGUUCCGACGAAGUUUGAGAAGAAUAAGUUUUUCAGCGAUCAAGAGAAACGAUAAUGUUUUCUUUCUCCGAUAAUAAUGCUUGUUCUUUUGCCUAACGAAGAGGGUUCGAAUGCCUUCCCGAGAUCUACACUCGCGAUUUUUGUAACGAUUUUCAAACGUUGGGCGAUUUUUACGACGCGAGGAAAAUCGGGACGAUUUAGAGAAGGAAGAGCUAUCGAACGUUCUGUUACUUACAAUUUCUUAUGGAACGCUACUAGAAAAGUUGGGAAUUGCAGUUUGGGAAACGUUGAUCCACGGAUUGGAUCGAAUUUUCCACGUUCGAGCGCGGGACGAAUCGAUUGAUCCACGGGCGCGCAUUGUCCCCUUGUCCCAUUGUCAUUCUUUCUCGUUCGUCCACGCAACGUCAGUUUAGUUGUUCCCUAUUCCAUUCCAUUUUCCGUCUGUUCGCGUGGUGUUAACGCGUCAUGUCGAUUCACGCUUACCAGGACCUUCCUUCAAUUUUUGAAAAUUCGCAUACGGAAUCAUUCUGACGUUCGACUUUGACGGAGAAUGACUCUUGAGGAAACUAUCUUUAAACAAAAUUAAAAAAAAAAGAAAGAAAAAAAAA